AGCAAGCAGAGAGAGGGAGAGGAUUUGUAGCUGGCUGGACGCCGCGCGCUUCCCUUCCCCCACUUCUUUUGUUUGGGUCGCGCCCCACCUCCGGAUCCACCCGUGUUUUAUUUGGGCGGCCGCGCUCCCCGGAUCCACGCGCGUUUUGCUUCCGCCCCCCCCCCCCCCCCGCUCCAGCUUUUUUGGGGGGCGGUGCUUUGUUUGGAUCGCGCGCCCGGAUCCACGCGUGUUUCCGGAUCCACGCGUGGUUUUUCUUUGUUUUUUUUUCUUUCUCCUGGGUGGCUCGCCAUGGCCAACUCCGGGCUACAGCUGCUGGGCUUCGUGCUGGCCCUCCUGGGCUGGGUGGCCCUGAUCGCGGCCACCAUCCUGCCUCAGUGGCGCAUGUCCUCCUACGCGGGGGACAGCAUCAUCACGGCCGUGGCGGUCUACCAGGGGCUGUGGAUGUCCUGCGCCUGGCAGAGCACGGGGCAGAUCCAGUGCAAAGCCUACGACUCCAUCCUCAACCUCAGCUCUGCUCUCCAGGCGACACGAGCGCUCAUGGUGGUCUCCAUCGUGAUGGGCAUCAUUGGCAUUGGUGUCGCCUCCAUGGGCAUGAAAUGCACCCGCUGCGGGGGGGACAACAAGGUGCAGAAGGCGCGCAUCGCCAUGACCGGGGGGCUCAUCUUCGUGGUGGGAGCACAAGCCUGA